GUUUGCACUAGUUGGUAUAGUAUACUUGCUUGAGAUUCUUUAGUUUUAAUUACUAUUAUUCUUUAUUCUACAUAUCAAGUCGUUUUCUCUAUUUAUUUUAUGCUCUUUAUAUAUGUGCACAUGCCAAUCAAUGGCAUUUCUCGCAUUAUACACGGCAAUAUUUCCUUCCUGAGAUGGUGCCGUUAGAAUCUGAACAAUUUUUAAAUUUAAUGGCGUCGUCAUUCACAUUCACUCUCACUGUCUCCACCAUCGCGCUAGGGUUUCCAGAAUGCACCAAUCGUUCCAUUAAUCUCUCAAAUCACGAAUUCCCAAUUCAACUCCAACUAUGGCUGCAUCAAAAGCAAUUUCCGAAGCAUUGAAUCUCAUAGACACGAAGAAAGAGAAUCUCAGAAAAGCCUUCGAAAAUCUUCAACCCCACUGUUCCUUCCUUCAUACGCUUCCUCUUUCAUGGUUCGAACUCGAUUCCCACUUCACCUCUCUCCAACACUCCCUCACUAACCGCUUCCAUAUACUCCAAUCACUCGAACAAUCACAUUCUCAAUCCCAAUCGAAAACCCUAACUUCCAACUCUAACAACCGAACAUCCAAAUAUUCUAACUUUCCGUCCAAAGCUUACGGCAUUUCAUCGAACCAGAACAAAUUGAACAUUCUGUGUGAGAAGAUGGAUGGUAUAGGGUUGAUGAAUUACGUUAUUGAUAAUUUCAAGGAUAAAGUUAGGGUUCAGGAGGAGCUGCUUGAAGCAUUUCGAUAUACUCCGGACGCAGGGGUGUUGGUUCUGCAAAUGCUGGAAGGGUUUCAUGGGUUGAGUGGUGAUUGUAAUGAUUGGAGAUUGAGGAAGAUGGGGAGGAUUUGUGUUAUGUUGUUGAGGAUUCUGAGUGUUGCUGGUGUGAAUGUGAGCUUUAAGGCUAGAGAGAAAGCCUUGAAGGUGGCUCUUGAUUGGAAAGUGAAUUUGAUGGGUGAUUAUGGAAAUAUUUUGAAGGCGUUGGGGUUUAUCUAUUUGGUUUAUGCAUUUGGUAUUGUUUCUGAAUUCAGCAUGGAUGAGCUUGUUGAAAUUUCUGCUGUGGCUGCAGUUAAUGUCGAGUUCAUGCAGCUUUGUCGUGAUGUUGGUUUGACAGAUAGGGUUCCUGAGAUUGUUCAGAAACUUGUUGAUAGGGGCAAAUAUGUUCUGGCUGUCAAGUAUGUUUUUGAGUUUAAUCUUGCUGAUAAGAUUCCACCAAUUCCUAUUUUGAAAGCAUGCGUGGAUGCAUCUAAGAAACUUGCUACAAGACUUUCCCUGGAAGGAAGGCCACGGAUGGAAAUUACUGAUAGAGAAAUGCGUGUACUGAAAACGGUAAUUGAGAUUAUUGAGAAUUAUAAGCUUGAAUCUGAAUAUCCACGAGCUAGCCUUGAGCAGCGUAUAGAGCAGUUGAAGGGGAAGGGUGCAAAUAUGAAAGACCAAUCACCAGCUUCUAUUCUAACUAGACAUGCACUUCAACGACGGCAACGAAAGAGAAGGAUGAAGAAGCAGCAGCAAAAUGGGAUCAAGCUUCCUCGAACAUCCACUUCAGUUGGUCCAGAAGCUGUCCUCAUGAAUGUCAGUAAUAAUAAUUCAACAAUAUGCCAGUACGAACAACCUCUUGUCAAGCCUUCAGGUUUGUUUCCAAACCAUCCAAAUACAUACGCAAGCUCACCAGCCACUUCGCUUGGCAUGGUUGCCCCUACCCCAACCAUGCCUUCUUACACGGGUCAUUCAGCUGGUCCCAGCAGAAACCCCAACCUAGGUGGUUCUCAUCUAAACUCAUCAGAGCCACAUGUGCCAUCUGCUUAUUAUGAUGGUACUACUAACUUUACUGGUAGUCUAGCUUCCCCUUGACUUUGCAUCUCAAUUGUUCGGUUUUAAAGUGUAGUUGCUACUUUGCUUCAUUAACCAUGGUUUUAGGACAGAAAUUAGAUUCAGUUAUUGAGAAUUGUGAAGGAAUGCUUAGUUUCACAACUUUAAUUACUUGUAUUGUUAUGUAUAUAUAAAAUUACUUUUAGAGGUUGAUUAUAGUCUUUCCUCUCCCUUCGCCCUCACCCUCACCCUCGCCCCCAAACCACAACCUUUGGUGUUUACGCCAAGCAAUGGAACAUCGUUCGAUGGACUGACUACAUGGGCAUAUCAACAAUUUUUCUUCUUCAGAAGAAUAUAAAUUGAAGUCUUUUUUCAAGGUUUCCCUUAAUGGACCUAUUUUAUAUGUUCUUUAGUUUGUUCCAUUUCAUAAAAUGUAAAAAAAAGUUAUGUUGCCUAAUUAAUUGGCUUAUGCAACUCUCAUUUUCUAUC